UGUGCACCCUUGAGAAUUUAAUGGGUUUACCUUUCAGAGCUGUUAGGAAGACUCCCUACACCUUUAUGGUCAUUUGACCAACCAUGUGUUUCCAUUCAGUCAGGCUAAAAUAUUAUCAAACCUCCCCUCUCAGAAUCGAUUUGGAUGCUUACAGGUGGAUACUUUCCUUCAAACUGUCUUCUUUUUGAGGCAGAAUAUCAUUCCCAUUCUUACACAUUUUCUAUUCCUUGAUAACAUAGGUCUGCUUGUGUCCUAGAAAAUGAAAUGAUGUUACAUGUUUUUCUAGCACUGACUUUGACUGAACAAUUUGACUCCAAUUUUUUAUCAAAUUAAUACAUAUAUCAAUUUAUUUAUUGAUAACAUUUUACGGAACCUACACAACAAAAUAACUUUGCUGUUCUCAAAUGGUCUGUUGCUCAGUAUAGUUAAUAACCUCCCAGUGCAUACCAAACAAUAAGUCUCAAAAGCAGAGAUACAGGGAGGUGAAUGCAGUUCUGCCUAGGAACUAUUUCUGCACUUAAUGCUGGAGGAAGUGAUUGUGAAAGACCGACUUACGCAAAAUGGUUGCAUCAGCCUUUCCAGUGAUGGGUGAUGACCGACAAAAGGAGAGCGAUCUGCCACUGAAUUUCAGCUCGAGAAGAAGAGAGUGCAAACACAAUCUAUGCUUAUUUUCAUGUCAGCAGAAGUGGUAGAAGAAGUUGAAAUGUGAGUUUGAAGGGCAGCGUCAUGUAUGCCGGACAGUGACAAGCUCUUCAGAAGCCAUGGAUUCCUUAGAAGAGCAAUCAUUGAACAAAAGUUGUGUAGACCGGUAUGCUUCACAGGCUGAAUAGUUAGAGGAUAUUGGGAAAUAGUUAACAUAAAGUUUUGUUUCAGAAGCACACUGAAAUAUUUUCUUACUCCAGGACUGUUAUCACAUCAGACCUGCCAAAGGGUUUACAGCUUUUGUUGUUCUCGCAGGUGCGAGGCGAUCACUUGGAUCCCAGAAUACGUGAUUCUCACACAAGGAAACUGAAACACAGCAUGCAGUACACAAGGGACAGCGAUUCCACCACCUCCCUGGGCAGCCUGUUCCAAUGCCUGACCACUCUUCUGCGAAAUGUUCAGACAAACAAAACACAAAUCAAGAACUAUACACACCUGGCAAGUGUGGGCCAUGUACAUGGUCUUAGCUGUAAAUCUCUCCAGAGAGCAAGAGAUGAAGCAGACUUGUCCUUCCUGUGAUACUACUGAGAUUUGCAACUGCUCUUCCAUGGGCUUGGAAUUCAUUCCACCUGGGCUCACAGCCAAAACCACAGUGUUAAACCUGGCCCACAACAGGAUAAAGCACAUCCACUCCCAGGACCUGCGGCAGGCUGUGAACCUGAGAGCCCUGCUGCUGCAGGCCAACAAAAUCAGCUCAAUAGAUGAGGAUUCGUUCCGCUCCCUUGGGAAACUGGAGCUCUUGGACUUGUCAAAUAACAGCUUGGCUCACUUGUCCCCUGCGUGGUUUGAGCGCCUCUUUUCACUCCAGCACCUCCACCUGCAAGGCAGCUCCUACAGAGACCUGGGGCAAAGCUCCCUGUUUUCUAAGCUGAGGAACCUGAGCUCUCUCCACCUGGGCAACCCAUGGUUCUCCACAAUAAGGCAAGGGAACUUUGAGGGCGUUGUGCUUCUUGACAAGCUGUGGAUUGACGGGGGCAACCUCAGUCAUUACGAGCCAGGAAGUUUGGAGCUGAUUAGGAAGAUAAAUCACAUGAUCAUAAACGUAAGAAAUAUUAGCAUAGUCUCAGCAAUUGUCAGGGACCUUCUGCACUCUGUCACUUGGUUAGAAGUGAGAGAAAUUGACCUCAAUGAACCUGCUGAAACACAACUAUUGAGAGUCAUGUCUCACUCCUUUGCAAGCAAAAUUUCUUUCAAAGAGACCUUAAUAACAGAUGCCACUGUUCCUGAGUUUGUCAGCAUUAUAGCAGACAUGCCAAAAUUAGAGGAGGUUGAGUUUAUAGACUGUAGACUCAUGGGAACUGGACGAUGGAAAAUGCAAAUUCAUGUAAAUCAGUCACAGACUAUUAAAAUUAUAACAAUAGAUAAAUUGUCUAUAGAGCAAUUCUAUUUGUUUACAGACCUUCAGGAUGUGGAAGGUCUACUAAGUCUUCUUACCAAAGUCACAGUUGAAAACACCAAGGUCUUUUUGGUACCAUGCAGGGUUUCACAGCACCUUCGAUCAUUAGAGUAUCUUGACCUUAGUUCGAAUUUGCUUGGAGACCAGAGUUUGGAGCACUCAGCGUGUCAGGGUGGUUGGCCCUCACUGCAAAUUCUAAAUUUAAGUCAGAACUCAUUGAGUGACUUAGGGAUGACGGGUAAAAGUUUGUCUCAUCUGAGACACCUAAUUCUCCUAGACAUUAGCCAAAAUAAUUUUGGUGAUAUUCCAGAUGUGUGUGAAUGGCCAAAGACCCUGAAAUAUUUAAACCUCUCCAGAACUCAAAUUCCUAAGGUAACGACUUGCAUUCCCCCAACGCUGGAAGUAUUGGAUGUUAGCGUGAACAACCUGAAGGAGUUUGGGCUGAAACUGCCAUUUCUGAAAGAGCUGUACCUCACCAGAAACCAGCUGAAGACCUUGCCUGAUGCAGCACCCAUCCCUAACUUAGUGGCCAUGUCGGUCAGAGGAAACAAGCUCAACAGUUUCUCCAAGGCAGAGCUCGAGUCCUUCGAGCACAUGGAGCUGCUGGACGCCGGCGACAACAACUUCAUCUGCUCCUGUGAGUUCCUCUCCUUCAUCCACCAGCAGGCAGGACUAGCGCAGGUGCUGGUGGGGUGGCCGCAGAGCUACGUGUGUGACUCUCCCCUGGCAGUGAGAGGGGCUCAGGUUGGAGCCGUGCACCUCUCGCUGAUGGAGUGCCACCAGUCCCUCAUGGUGUCGUUGAUCUGCACCCUGGUGUUCCUGGCCAUCCUCUCCCUCGUGGCUGUCGGCUACAAGUACCACGCGGUCUGGUACCUGAGAAUGACCUGGGCAUGGCUGCGAGCCAAGCGGAAGCCCCGGCGAGCUCCCCCAAAGGACCUCUGCUAUGAUGCUUUUGUCUCCUACAGCGAGAAUGACUCGGACUGGGUGGAAAACAUCAUGGUGCGGGAGCUGGAGCAGGCCUGUCCCCCCUUUCGGCUCUGCCUCCACAAGCGGGACUUUGUGCCCGGGAAGUGGAUCGUGGACAACAUCAUUGACUCCAUCGAGAAGAGCCACAAAACGCUCUUUGUGCUGUCCGAGCACUUUGUGCAGAGCGAGUGGUGCAAAUAUGAGCUGGACUUCUCGCACUUCCGCCUCUUUGAUGAGAACAACGACGCAGCGAUUCUCAUCCUUCUGGAGCCCAUCCAGAGUCAAGCGAUUCCCAAGAGGUUCUGCAAGCUGCGGAAGAUCAUGAACACCAAGACCUACCUGGAGUGGCCUUCUGGUGAGGAGCAGCAGGAGAUGUUUUGGGAAAAUUUGAAAAGAGCCUUGAAGAUGUAGGACAAGUGAAGAGCCCCUAUUUCGGCAUAUUUCACAUAAUGUAUAUGUCAGGGUUUCUUCCUGGUAAGAAAUUUUUCCUUCCUGUUUUCUUGUCUAUGGAGAACUUGCUUUGUUGGAUAUAGAAAUAAUUAUCAUCUUUCUAAAUGAGAAAGACCCACUUUCGGCUUUACAGUGAUUUAGUACUCUGAUCUGUCAAAAUCCCUGCCAAUGACUAUUAUAUUUGGAAGCCCUGUUGGAUUUCAUAUGCUUAAAUGUAUACAAAUACAUUUAGAUGAAUAUAGGGUAUUUCUGUACUUUUUCCUCCUGUUACCACAUUCCUGACUAGUUCCUAACAAUACUAUUGUAAUUUACAAAUUAAAAUAAAAGCCAAGUGUUUCCAUACUCUCCA